CACACUCUAAAGUUUCCCACACAGCGUUAGUCCUGAUAACUGGUUUCCAGUCCAGCUCCUGGUUCCUGGUUCCUGGUUCCUGUUCAGUCCACCAUGCUUCUCCAGCCGGUCCUGUGCGUCCUGGCCCUGCUGGCCUCCUCUGGUCCGGGGGCCGAGGCGCGAGUCACCAAACGCUUCGCCAUCGGCUGCCCGGAGGAGUGCGACAAGUCCCGGUGCGCCCCGGUCCCGGCGGACUGUGUGUCCGGGGACGCGCUGGACCGGUGCGACUGCUGCCCGGCGUGCGCGUCCGGAGAGCAGUGCGGCGGCCCCGGAGACCGGGAGUGCGCGGAGGGGAUGGAGUGCGUGGUGACCGGCGGCGUGGAGGUGUCCGCCACCGUCCGACGGAGGAGCAAGGCCGGCGUGUGCGCGUGCACCAGCCCCGAGCCGGUGUGCGGCAGCGACGGAGUCUCGUACCCGAACAUCUGCGAACUGAAGCGCCUCAGUAACCGGGCCACGGAGCUGCAGCAGCCGCCGGUGAUCUUCAUCCAGAGAGGCGCGUGUGGCAAAGGUCAGGAGGACCCCAACAGUCUUCGUUUCAAGUUCAACUUCAUCGCUGACGUGGUGGAGAAGAUCGCACCGGCUGUGGUUCACAUUGAACUGUACCGCAAGAUGAUGUUUUCCCAGCGGGAGGUGGCGGUCGCCAGCGGCUCCGGGUUCAUCGUGUCAGAGGACGGACUCAUCGUCACCAACGCCCAUGUCGUGGCCAACAAGCACAGAGUCAAGGUGGAGCUGAAGAGCGGAGCCACGUUUGAUGCAAAGAUUAAAGACGUGGACGAGAAGGCCGACAUCGCUGUGAUCCAGAUCGAUGCACCGACCAAGCUGCCGGUGCUGCUGCUGGGCCGCUCGGCCGACCUGCGGCCCGGUGAGUUCGUGGUGGCCAUCGGCAGCCCCUUCUCCCUGCAGAACACCGUCACCACGGGCAUCGUCAGCACCACCCAGAGGGGGGGCAAGGAGCUGGGCCUCCGCAACUCUGACAUGGACUACAUCCAGACCGACGCCAUCAUCAAUUACGGAAACUCAGGAGGACCACUAGUCAAUCUGGAUGGAGAGGUGAUUGGCAUCAACACUCUGAAGGUCACAGCAGGAAUCUCCUUCGCCAUCCCCUCCGUUAAGAUCAGGCAGUUUCUGGCAGAGUCACAUGACAGACAGAUCAAAGGUAAAACUUUCACAAAGAAGAAAUACAUCGGUGUUAAAAUGAUGAGUCUCACUCCCGCGUUUGCCAGCGAGCUGAAGGAGAGACAUUUGGACUUCCCAGACGUCACCUCCGGGGCCUACGUCAUUGAGGUCAUCAGCCGGACUCCAGCGGAGGCUGCUGGCCUGCAGCAGAGUGAUGUCAUCAUCAGCAUCAACGGCGAGCGCGUCUCCACGGCCGGCGAUGUCAGCGCCGCCAUCAAGAGGGACGCCACGCUGCGAGCGGUGGUGAGACGAGGCAACGAGGACGUCCUGCUCACCAUCGUCCCCGAGGAGAUCGAACCUUGACCUCAAACCAGCAGCUCCGCAGCUCGGCCGGUCUCCAGCUGCUUCUCUGUGUUUUUCAACCAAUCAGGAACACUUUGAAAAACCAAGCCACCUAUCAGGGCCACACCUGCUGUGUGUGAGAUCAUCUUCACAGGUCCGACCUCUCGACCCUGGAGGUGAACUCUGCUCCACUCGGUUUGACUUCUUCCUCUAAUCCUCCGUUUACUCCCCCCAUCACAGAACCUUUUCUUCUACUAACACAAUCUGUCCGUGGUUUCGUUUUUUCUUGAGGGAAUGUUUUUUAGUAUUUUUGUUUCUAUGUGUUUGUUGACAGUUUUUCUAAAAAGGGAAUAAAUACAUUUUUUUUAA